AUGCGAAAUGUGCCUAAUGUGGACUUUACGAGUUUCAAUUACGUCGCAGGGAUACCGUUCUACACCAUUUGGGAUUCCGGAAUUCCCCAAUUCCUGUAUAACGGCCUUAGUGUCGAGGUUGAGAAGGUUGCUAUUGCGGUAGCAGCACAGGGCAGCAUUCUACCUAUCAAGCCCCCUGCCGAAAACUCGAGUUGGGCUAUAGAUUUCUACGGGCCUUCGCUGAACUGCGGGACUAUGGACGAUAGUGUGCGAAGCCACGUUGAACCCAACAUUGUGAGCUUUCUCAACAAUAGCGACAACUGUAACGGCGGUGCAAGCACUUACCUGUGCUGGAACCCUGGUCCUUAUAGCGAGGAACCAGUGGUAUAUACUAGGAACACAACGUCGCUUCCCUUCCAGAGCGGCAUGUAUGGGGAUGACGAAUUCGUCAAGGGCGAUAAUAGAGGGCCCUUCACACCAAUUUAUAUUACCUUGCUUCCUUUAAUUGCUACAGACCCCUGUGGAUUUGUGGAUGGCAACCCACAUCAUCCACCCUGGCAGCGCCUUGAAAAUGCUUCCUUUUUUCAAUGCGAUCUAUACAACGCCUCUUAUCAUGUCGAUUUCGCCUAUCAGUCCGGAAUACAAAAUAUCGCCUUUGAGGUUGACCAUUCAGAAGCCGUUCCGACUGUGUUCCAGAUGUUCGGACCGGCAAAUGACCUAGGUGCCGGGUUUUCCCCGUCCGACCAUCUCAAUAAUUGCGACCGGCUUGAGGAAUACGAGCCACUAGCAGAGGGUCCUUGUAUAUUCGAUACUAAUCUUCUGCAAAGGCUAUCAUACACAGGGAUUCUAGAUGGGUUCCGUCGCCUAGCGGUCGGCUCAGUAUCGAUAAGUGGUUGGGACCAAACUGCAGAAGUUGAUACAAGUAUAUUCGCAACUAGUCUAAUACACGCACCUGAACUCCAAUACCUCCUACAAGCUGUGAAGGACUCUCGGAAGGAAUCAACACUCCAGAAUCAAUAUUUAUUAAACAAAACAUCGCACGGUGCCCUGCUUUCCAACAUCGAGAAGGUAUCACCUCGAUCAUCUCUACCUCGCGCAAUGGAAGAACUGUUCAGAAAUAUUACUAUUAGCCUAAUGAGCUCGGAUCUCUUGCAACCGAACCUCGUCUCUCCUUUUGCCCCUCCCCCUGUUAACGUCACUUUCACCACCCUCAACUCAGUCUACUCCUAUUCGCCUGCUAGCCUCUGGAUCGCCUAUGGCGCCGCUAUCCUGGCGACGACGUUAGCGCUAGCCGUAGGUAUUGCGGAUAUCCUUCCCAACAAUGCUAGCUAUAGUAGCGACUUUUCAACUAUUCUCCGUGCCACAUAUGGCGCUAUGUUAAGCUCUCCCGUCCAACUCCAGGAUAUGAAUGGGGCGUCUCCAUUACCUAAGUACCUAGGGACUGCAAAGGUCAGUUGGUCGAUUCCAGGUAAUGGUAAAGACACAACAAAUCCUAAACCUCCUGAAGAGAAUGCUGUCAAUCACAUUGAACCCGAUUCUGAUCAGAGUGUGUCCUCAAUCAUUCCUGGGAUUAUAACACAAGGGGAGAAAAAUGUGGUGCAAAGUGAUGCUGCUGCUGGUUUCAUUAGAUAUAAUACUCAUGAUGAUAUAAUACCUGGAAGUUCCAAGACGAAACAGCAGUAUACAGUUGCACCCUCAUUUAAAUAGGAACGAUAAUCUGCUGGAUACGCCCGACAAGAC